AUGCCCGAAGCACCUAAGAAGCGUGGGCGACCUCGAAAGUACGAUACUCCAGGGGCGAAAGCAAGGCAAGAUGUUAUUGCUAAACGCGCCCGACGACGGCUUCGGAACUCCUCAGUGCAUGGAGAUAUCCGAUUUCAAGUCUAUGUCCCCCAACCGAUAGAAGCUUUGCCACCUUCAUCCUCGCUGCAACGUCGCCCAGAGUCAACAAGCAGCCUUGACGUACUGGUGGAUGUCGCUAGCAGGUCAAAUCGAACUGAGAUGCCACUCACCAGCCUCGAACCACACAGAACUAGGGAGACUGGCUUAAAUUCGCCUAGCCCGUUAGGAGACGCGGCGUCGAGAUCGUGCGAGAUGGGACCAUAUGGUGACCAGUAUCACUCGAUCGAAGAUGAUGACAUUUGCGAAACUUCGGACUCACGGUUGCACAAUGCUACUAUAUCGGGUUCCUCACAGAGAGACAGCACACUGAGGUUGUUGCCUGAGAGAACAAGCACCCUACCCGACCCAGAUGCACAUGAAGCAGUCGAAAACGACGCGAGUAGAAUACGGGACGAUGAGAACGCAACCGGCCAAGAAGACGGAACUGGCGGUGGAUUGCUGUCCGAUGUCGAGUCUCAGUUAGAAGACGCUUUUGAAACAGACUCCAGCUCCGAAUCGAAUGUCUCAAAUGCUGAAAGUGAGAUGGACAUAGAUGACGCCAGUGUUCCUUCCGAGUCGGAUCUCUACUUGGCAAAACGUUUCUUAGAAAGGACCUGGGGGCGUUUAUGCGAUUGCCCAGGGGAAGGGGAAGAGGAGGAGGAAGAAGAAGAGGAAAAUGCCGACGAGGGUGCACGGCCCGGGCUCAGUCUAAAGGAAAUGGCUGACUACUGGCGGAGCCUUGCGGUACCAGAUGCAAUCGGCACUGCGUCACCUCAGGCUCAGACAGACGAAAACGAACAGGUUCAGCUGGAUUGGUCCCCGAUACUAAGUGGUGGAGACGGUCGCCCAAACUUGAACAUCCAAAGGUCUCAAAAAAUUACCCCCAGCAUCCAACGUACUUGGGAUGUGGACAGCGUCAUCUCCUGGGCUUCGUGUCUAUCAAUCAACCGUGGGCUUUACGUCUCAUAUCAUCCGCCAACUUCAAGGAAUUUUGGAAGCAGCAUUCAUGUCUUCCACCAAGGAACAGCUUUACACCUUAUCCCUCACCUUCGACUGGGCAGUGGACGCCAAUCUCCUCAAUUCGGCGUAUAUGUUUUCUUCCCCGGAAUCUCCCAUGUCUAUCGAACGACUACUUACCUUACUAAAGACGAACGGCGGAUGUGGAUCAACCAACUUCUUUUGCCCGCGAUUCGUCACAGUUGUCCACCUGAUGUGAUCCAGCAUCAUCCCCGUUCCUUCGAUGAUGUGGAGAGCAAAGCCUACAGUCGCCAACGGGAAACCUGCGGGGGGAUGGUUUCUAAUAGAAUAGAUAUGCACCAUUACCUUCCUCAAGAAUACCUAUAG